UCUUACCGGCAGCAACCAUAUUGCUCGCCGCUACGUAGCUGUAAGAAACGUCAUUUUUUCGUGUUCGAUAUUUCCUCAUAAAUAUGUUAUUAUUUUAUAUGUAUAACAUUAAAAUAACUUUAUUUUAGUCACGUUAAUUCAGCGAUACAUUUUUCGACAUGGAAACAGAUUUAUUACAAGCACUUGAAAAUGUCGGGUAUCAAGGCUCGUUACUUCAAGUUGAUAAAAUGUCUAAAGCUUUAGAGCUUGGACCAAAAUCUACAGAUUAUACCGGUUUAAUUGCUUGGCUUGCAGAGCAAAUAGGAAUGUUCAUUGAUAUAGAUGAAAAAAUUAAUCCUACUAAUACUCCAGAUGAUGCAAGUUCUUUCUUGUUAGAAUUAAGUUGUUUCCUUAAAGAAAUAGGAUGCGUUAAUCAAAAUUUAACUACUGGAAAUGUAAAUCAAAGAUUAGCUAACAAAAGAAAUAGAACUUUGUUAAUUGAAAUUCUAAUUUCUGAACUUAUGGCUUGUAAGUUAUUGCAAGUUAAAGAUAAAGAAACCGAUACAACUUUAGAAGUUAUUAUUAAUGAAAGUGAUACUGCAAGACACCUUAAAAGUAUGUUAAUAGCAUUGCAAUUUCAAAAACCACCAGAUAAUAUUACAGUGCCAAUGUUGUUUACAAAAUUAGAAAAUAAAUUAAAAGAUAUAAUAUCAAAAGUUCCUGUUGAUCUUUUGGGUAAACCUUUAAUUUUUGGUGAAUUGUCUACUGAUCAAUGGAACAAGCUUUAUGAUCAUGAUAAAGAAUUACAUAAAGAAUAUGAGAUGCGCAGAGAAAUGUUACUUAAACGAUUAGAUGUAACAAUUCAAUCAUUUCUGUGGUCUGAAAGAGUGAGAGUAUACGAGCAGGAAUUAAAUAAUAGAUAUCAUUCGGGAAGAGCAAAAAUGGGUACAAAGCCAAAUGUUGGUAUCGCUGAUUUAUUAGCAGCACGAGAAGAUUUAGCAGUGAUAGAGAAGACUAGUAAUGCAGUCGUACGUAAAAAUACUCGAAGUAGCAUAAAUAAAGUCAUUAUAGGGGAUGUUCCGGAUCGUGGAGGAAGACCAUGUGAACAAGAACCUCCACCUCCAGAAAUGCCAUCAUGGCAGAAAGACAGAGUGGCAGGACCUCCAUCUAGUGGUGGAUAUAAUAGAGGAGGAGGGAAUACUAGUGGGUCAGGUGGUCGAAGUGGUGGUGGUGGUGGUGGUGGUGGUGGUGGUAGAGGAGGUGGUGGUGGAGGAGGAGGAGGAGGAGGAGGAAGAGGAGGUGGUGGUGGUGGUUAUGGUGGUGGUAGAGGAGGAAGUAGCUAUGGGACUGGUGGAAUGGGAAGUAGUUAUGGGAAUAGCGGAGGAGGUGGCUGUGUCAAUCCUAGAAGUGGAUCAGGUUACAGUAGCAGUGGAGGUAGUGGUGGAAGCAACAAUUAUAGCAUUGAAGUUGCCAGUAAUUACGGUGGAGCUGGAGGAAAUUAUGGAGAAAGAGUAGGAGGAGGAAGAACUAAUAAUUAUUAUACUAAUAGUGCUGGAGUAACUUAUGGAAAUAAUAGGGUUGGAGGGGUUUCCAAUAGUGGAGCCUGCGGUAAUAGAUCAAGUGGGGGAUAUUAUGAUUAUAAUGAUCCUGCAGGAAAUUAUAGUCAAGAUUAUCAACAACGUAGUAAUUCAGGUAGAGUUCAAGGUGGAUGGAAUCAAACUGGCAAUAAUCCCAAUCGAAAUAAUAGUCAACGUAACGGUUAUAAUCGUGGAAGAGGCUGGGGUAAUAGGCAGCAUUGAAAUUAUUUUUUAAUUCGUUAAGUAUCUCGAAAUAAAAUGUAUCUCGAUUUGUUUUUGCAUAGAUGUUGAUUAAAAAAGAUUUGUUAUUUUAAGUUAUAAUGUAAAAGUUAAAAAAUUUCGAUUUAAUUUUGUUAUUAGAAUGUAAUUUUUGGAGAUAUUAUUUCCAUUUUUGAUUUUAUGUUGUUUAUUACUUCUGAUAUUAUCUAACCUAACUUAUUAGUAAUCUGACAGUAAUGUAUUAGGAGUGUACGAUUGAUAUCCCAAUGUGAUAUGUAAUACAUAUAUUGUACACAAAAAGUAAUGCUAUAUAUUAUAUACAUAAUCUCUCAAAUCAAUCUACAAGAUUCUAAAUUAUCAUUUUGUAUUCUUAUAAUCAAAUUUACAAUUAGAAUUAGAAAUAUUGUCUACCUGUUUGCCUGAAAGCAAGUAAAAAUUAAUGUAUUGCUUAUAUACGUUUGUCUAAGAAUUUUUUCGAUAAAUAAAUAAUUUACAUUUUAUUUAUAAAGAAACAACAUAAUACAAUGUAUAUGCAAACUUAUACACUUGAAUAAAUAAACAUGUUCUUUUAUUGUA